GCCGCCGCCGCUACCGCCUCUGGGCUUCGCUCGGUAUAUCCGCCGGCUCCGCAACAGACAUUAGCUGCAUUCAACCGCCGAUUGAGUUAAUCACUGAGUCACAGUCUCUCUUCCUUCAACACAUAUGGGCGAGCAAACCCAAACGCAGACCCAGACCCAACAGCCGCAACAACACCAUGGGCAGACUCAGGAAUCGUCAUCUUCCAUGGUGACCUCCAUCUCCACCACCACAAUUGCUCCAUCGAGCACGGCUCCGACCGAACUCAGCAAUGCUCCCAGCCAGACCUCUUCUCCCCCUUCCAAAAUCCCCCUCCGUCCUCGCAAGAUUCGGAAGCUUUCUCCCGACGAUUCCGACUCCAAAUCCUCUCAAGUCGUCGCCGUUCCGGAAAACCCUAAGCCCUCGCCCACCGCCGCCGCCGCCGCCAAGCCGGCGAAGGCGAAGAUAGUACAGCAACGGGCCUUGGCUAUUGCGGCGCCGAGGAUCGUCGCGCGAUCGCUGUCCUGCGAGGGCGAGGUUGAAGUCGCGCUCCGACAUCUCCGUAGGGCCGAUCCGCUCCUCGCUCCGUUGAUCGACAUCCACCAGCCUCCAACUUUCGACAACUUCCACACGCCGUUCCUCGCCCUCACUCGGAGCAUUCUCUACCAGCAGCUCGCUUACAAGGCUGGCACGUCGAUCUACACACGCUUCAUCGCCCUCUGCGGCGGUGAGACCGGCGUCGUUCCCGAGACAGUUCUUGCCCUAACCCCUCAGCAGCUCCGGCAGAUUGGGGUCUCGGGGCGUAAGGCUAGUUAUCUUCAUGACCUAGCGAGGAAGUACCAGAACGGGAUUCUCUCCGACUCGGCGAUUGUAAAUAUGGAUGACAAGUCGCUCUUCACAAUGCUCACAAUGGUGAAUGGAAUUGGUUCUUGGUCCGUUCACAUGUUCAUGAUCUUCUCGCUCCACAGACCCGAUGUGCUUCCAAUUAACGAUCUCGGCGUUCGCAAAGGCGUCCAAUUGCUCUACAAUCUGGAGGAAUUGCCUCGGCCGUCGCAGAUGGACCAGCUGUGUGAGAAGUGGCGGCCGUAUCGGUCCGUCGCGGCGUGGUAUAUGUGGAGGUUUGUCGAGCAAAAAGGAGCUCCUCCGAAUGCCGCCACGGUAGCGGUCGGGGCUAAUCUUCAGCAGCAACAGCAGCAACAACAACAACAGGGAGAGCCACAUCAACCUCAGCAGCCACAGCUUAUGGAUCCUCUUAACAUUCUCAAUAUCAGUUCGGGGCCAGCCAUGGACAACCAAUUUAGGGCAUGUGCCUGGGGGCAAUAGCUGGAAUCAAGAUAAGAAGUUUGUGCAGCAUUCAUUUCCCAUCUAUCUCAUCUUCUCGGUAAAAAAUGAUUCCGGCGGUGCAAGAAUGGUACUCCUUUGGAAAUUUUGGUGCUGAAAGAUCGACCUUCAGAGAUGAGUGUACUAAAAGUCUUCUUGGAGUAAAUAAACAUUGUCUUUGCUGUAGUCUUGUUGUCUAAGUAAAAAACAGCAAUCAUAAGUCUCGACGGGUGUCUCAUAAAACUUGAUAGAGAGCAGCAGCGAUUUAGUGCCUUUUUACCUCUGAACAUGGUUUGGCAAGCUUAGAAAAUUAUCUCCUAUUUUCGUCUA